AUGGCGCUCCUCCGCCAAACCUGGACCCUCACCCGCAAAAACUGGCUCAUCCUCCUCGGCCGCCAUCCGUUGGCUACCGUCGUCCAGGCGUUUGUUCUCCCCAUCAUUUUGGUGUCCUUCCUCUCGUUCGCACGGAAUUUAUUCGUCCCCAGCGCAGUCUUUGGCAUCUCCCCUGCGCGCCCGAUCCGAUCUUUCCAGAAUGCUCUCGAGGCCUCGACGGGGAGGCCGAAUGUUAUUUUUGUUAAUAACGGCCACACGGGGGGAGAAAUUGAGCGUGUGAUUGAUGAGCUGGCUGGGGUUGCUAAACGAGCGGGGAAGAAUAUUACCAUUUUGGAGAGGGACGAAGAUGUCGACGGGAUAUGCCGGAGCAGUUUGAGGGGCGUGACGGAGUGUUUCGCGGCUGUGAGCUUCAAGGGGAGUCCGGAGGAGGGGGAUGGGAACGGGCUGUGGAAUUACACCAUCAGUCUCGACAGUGCGCUGGGGCAAUUUAGGAUCAAUGCUGAGAGUGAUAGGAAUGAUGGGCAGAUUUACAUGCUGCCGCUUCAGCGGGCGGUGGAUGAGGUUAUUUCUAGGGGGAACUCUGGUCGGGGGAAUGAGUUGCCUGAGGAUGUGGAGGAGUAUCAGUUUACCAGCCAGACGACGGAGGAGAGGGCGGAGAGGAUUAGGGUGUUUUACCAGAGCGCGAUUAUCAACUUUUUGGGGGUGACGUUUAUUGCUGCGUUGAUCGGGGUGGUGUAUCAGAUGACGGGUUUUAUUGCGACGGAGAGGGAGACGGGGAUGAGUACGCUUGUGGAGGCGAUGAUGGCUACCCCCAGAAGGUGGCAGGCGCAGGCGGCGAGGAUCUUCUCGUACCAUAUUGCGUUUUCGCUGCUGUAUUUGCCGGGGUGGGUCAUCAGUUGUAUCAUUUUAGGGAGGGGGGUGUUUAGCAACACGAGCAUUUUGGUUGUGUUGUUCUUCUUCAUCCUGUCGGGGUUGGCACUGGCGUCGUUUUCGGUGCUGGGGGCGAGUUUCUUCAAGAAGUCGCAGUUGAGCGGAGUGUCGGUGACGAUUAUGGCGAUUUUGCUGGCAGUUAUUGCUCAGGUUAUCACCAGGCCGGGGACGGGGCCGGUGGUUGCCUUGAGCUUGCUGUUUGCGCCUUGCAACUUUACUUACUUUAUCACGCUGAUGGCGAGGUUUCAGGAGAAGCAGAUUUCGACGGAUUUGUUGAAGACGGCGCCGGAUAGUCCCUGGAAUGUUCCCGGUAUUGUGCUGUUUAUCUUUCUCGCGGUUCAGAUCAUCGUUUACCCUUUUCUGGGCGCCAUGGUGGAAAGAUGGCUUCAUGGUACCUCUUCGAGUGGGAGGAACAUCGUCAUUGGAGACAAGAACAGGGGCGAUCUCGGUCCCGACUGCGCGGUUCAGCUGGAAGAGUUCACCAAGGUCUACAACCCCGGCCCUCUGCGACGCCUGUUCUCGUUCAUCUCCAAGCCCAAGCCGCCAGUCGUCGCAGUCAACAAGCUCUCCCUCUCGGUCAGUCGCGGCCAGAUCGUCGCCCUUCUCGGCGCCAACGGCAGUGGCAAGUCUACAACUCUCGACACCAUCGCUGGUAUCAACAAGGCCACCAGCGGAAAGAUCACCAUUGACGGCACCGGCGGUCUCGGUAUCGCUCCUCAGAAGAACGUGCUCUGGGACGAGCUCACUGUUGAGGAACACAUCCGCAUCUUCAACCGGCUCAAGUCGCCCAAGAACCACGCCUCAAAGGAAGAAAUUCGCCAGCUUGUCAUCGGAGUCGAUCUCGAACAAAAGAUCAAGGCCCAGUCAAAAACUCUGUCCGGUGGUCAGAAACGCAAGUUGCAACUCGGAAUGAUGCUUACUGGUGGCAGCGCCGUCUGCUGCGUGGAUGAAGUCUCUUCCGGUUUGGACCCUCUGUCUCGCAGGAAAAUAUGGGAUAUUCUCCUUGCCGAGCGUGGAAGGCGCACCAUGAUUCUGACGACGCACUUCUUGGAUGAAGCUGAUUUGCUGGCUGAUUACAUCGCUGUCAUGUCCAAGGGCAACCUCCGCGCAAGUGGCACAUCGGUUGAGCUCAAGGAUCGCAAGGGUGGCGGCUACAGGAUUCAUAUCAACAACAACAAGCUCAUCCCGCUGCUUCCGGAGGUGGAGGGUGUUACCAAGAAGGCCACCCAGGAAGAGGCGGCUUAUGUCGCGGCUACUUCGGCUUUGGCGGCCAAGACGAUCAAGGAGCUCGAAGCGGCAGGGAUUACGGAUUAUCGGUUUUCUGGGCCCACGAUUGAGGAUGUGUUUUUGCAGCUUGCGGAGGAGGUUCAGGCUGAGGGCGGUGGGGUGCCGAUUGAGAAUAGGGGUGUCUUGAGCUCGACGGAAGAUGAGAAGUCGGAGACUGUGCCGGUUGGUGAUGUCAAGACACCUGUGAAGGGUAACGGGCUGGAGUUGAUGGAUGGGAAGCCGAUUGGGUUCUUGAAGCAGACUUGGGUGUUGUUUUUGAAGAGGUGCACGGUUUUCAAAGGGAAUUGGUUCCCUUCGAUUGCUGCUUUUAUCAUUCCGGUUGCUGCGGCUGGGUUAGUUAUGUUGUUUGUGAAGGGUCAAGAGCCUGCUGGGUGCAGCGCGGACGAGCUGUCGUCUCGCCAGGAGGCUGUGAAUAUCUUUGGCAGUGACUUUGACUUUUGGAUGGUUGCUGGGCCUUCGGACAAGUUCUCGCAGUCUACGUUGAUCAAUCUGUUGGCCCCAAUCUUCAUGGCGUCACAGGGCUUGGAAGGUAAUGGCAGCACUGGAAGCAGCGAUGGUAUCAUUGUCAAGAGACAAAACAACCCGAUGGAUCUUUUCAACAACAUUACCUUGGUUGACACUCUUGAUGAGUUCAACAAUGCGGUGCUUCAGUUCCGCAAGAAUAUCACGCCUACCGCUAUCUGGCUUGGUGACGACAACACUCCUCCAACUCUCGCGUACAAGGGUAACGGUCCUGAGGUGAUCAACGCCUGGUUUGGCCAAUGGAUCAUGAACAUGCUCCUGACCAACUCGAGCAUUGCCUCUUCCUACACCGUCUUCGACCGCCCUUUCACUCCCAGCACCGGAAACUCUCUUCAGGUCUUGGUGUAUGUCGGCUUGGCUUUAUGCGCCUACCCUGGCUUCUUUGCCCUUUAUCCGAAUCUUGAGAGACGAAGAAACGUCCGCGGCCUUCAGUACUCCAACGGUGUUAGACCUCUUCCCUUGUGGCUCGCCUACACCGGUUUCGACUUUAUCAUCGUCAUCGCUGGCGCCGUCCUGAGCAUCAUCUUGUGGGCAGCUCUCGCCAAUAGCCUUUGGUAUCACCUUGGCUAUGUGUUCCUGAUCUUCGUUCUGUAUGGUCUGGCUUCGAUUCUGUUGGCAUACAAUAUCUCGCUCUUCAGCGCCAACCAGCUGUCAGCCUACGCCUUUACCGCCGCUGGCCAGCUCGUGAUGUUCAUUGUCUACCUGUUUGGUUACAUGUCGGUUAUCACUUAUGCACCGGUUCAACAGGUCGACAAGCUGUUGAUCAUUGUCCACUUUGCUCUGGCAGUAUUGGCACCGAUCAUAUCGCUCACUCGUGCGCUGUUCCUCGCCAUGAACCUGUUCUCUACAGCCUGCGAUGGUGAUGCCCUGGCCUCUUACCCCGGCGGUAUCCUUCAAUACGGCGGUCCUAUCCUCUACCUCGUCAUCCAGAUUAUUGUCCUCUUCCUCAUCCUCGUCUGGGCAGACGGUGGCAGCGCUGGGUUCAGCCUCCGCAAGCUCCUCUUCCGUUCCAAGCCCAAGGCCGCCAACCCCGAUGAAGCAGCCGCCAUGUCGGAUGAAGAAGUCGCCAACGAACUCGUCCGUGUCAAGUCCUCGGCCACCGGUGGUAACACCAAGAUCACCGACGGCCUCCGUGUCAUCAACCUCACCAAGUCCUUCGGCUCCAACACCGCGGUCGACAAUGUCACCUUUGGUGUCCCCCACGGCGAAGUCUUUGCUCUCCUUGGCCCCAACGGAGCAGGUAAAUCCACCACCAUCUCCGUCAUCCGCGGUGACAUCAAACCCUCCGGCGGUGCUUCCGGCGGCGACGUCUUUGUCGAAGACGCCUCGGUAACGCAGCAACUCUCCGCCGCCCGCCGCCACCUCGGCGUCUGCCCUCAAUUCGACGCCAUCGACCAAAUGACGGUAGCCGAGCACCUCCGCUUCUACGCUCGCGUCCGUGGCAUCAGCGACAUCGACGCUCAAGUCUCUGCCGUCAUCGACGCAGUAGGCCUGCAACUCUUCCGCGACCGCCAAGCCCACGCUUUGUCAGGUGGUAACAAGCGCAAGCUGUCUCUUGGUAUUGCUCUCAUGGGUAACCCCUCUGUCAUCCUCCUCGAUGAGCCCUCCUCCGGUCUUGACGCCGCCGCGAAGAGAAUCAUGUGGCGCACCCUUGCUGCCACCGUCCCGGGCCGUUCGAUUUUGUUGACGACCCACUCGAUGGAGGAAGCGGACGCUCUAGCCGGGAGGGCGGGGAUCCUCGCCAAGAGGAUGCUCGCCAUGGGAAGCAUUGAACAUCUCCGGAACAAGUUUGGGGAUCUCAUCCAUGUGCACCUUGUCUGCAAGGGGGCGCCUCACACGCCUGAGUCUCAGAUUCUGAAGAUUAGACAAUGGGUCGUUGAGCAGUUUGGCGAGGGGGCGGAGGUGGAAGAGAAGACAUACCACGGACAGAUGAGGUUCAAGGUUCCCGCCUCGGCGGUUGUGUCCGGAGAGAAGGACCCCAGGACGGGAGGGGAUCUGAGUCAGAACUCGGCCGUGGGGAGGCUGGUGGUGUUGCUGGAGGAGAAUAGGGAUCUGUUGGGGGUGGAGCACUACAGUGUCAGCCCCACGACGCUGGAUCAGGUUUUCUUGACGGUGGUGGGGAGGCAUAAUGUUAGGGAGGAGGGGUAUGAGAAUAAGAAGGUGAAGAAGUGGUGGCAGGUGGGGGGGUGGAGGUGGCCGAAGAUACGAUAUUCUUAG